UCUAGUACGUGGCACAUUUGCCGUACUUUUUUUUCCUUGAUUCACAUCUUUCUUUCUCUUAAACCCUGAUCUGUGGUUUUCCAAACGUUGCUUCCUAUCAAACUCAAUCUGCUCAGUCAGGGGUUUCACCAUAGCGUCGAAGCAUUGGAGAUCGUAAUUGAUGGCAGUGCUAAAGUCGAAGAGAUGGCCGCCAAGGUAGUUCUCCUUUCGAACAUCCAUGUUGUAAAUGCCAAUGUCGUUGAGGUUUUGCAAUCUGUUCCUCAUAACAAUGAGUUUUGAUGGCUUAUAGAAGGACUUAUAUCUGAUAUAGUCCUUAACAAUUGCCCUCAGGGGCUGAUUGCCGUCUUCCUGCGCACGAUUCCAGUCAAGGACCCCGUACCGUUCUUCAAUUUGACGCUCCACAGACUUGCUAAGAAAGACAUAUCCAUGACAACGAACAGCAAGUUUGUGGUCCUCCCCCUUUUUCGUCAAACGUCCAAAUGCCCGACAUUCGGCGAAGAAAGGAUCCAAUUGAUGACGGACAACGUUGUCGCUUAUAGGAUGCUCAUCUGUUAAGAUUGGAGGCCGGAGCUCUUCGAGGCUGACGAAAUUGAACUACAGAUUCUUGAGCUUUGGGUGAUAUAGUCCACUCCAUUGACUUACCACUUUAAUAGCAUAAGUCUUCUCAUUGAUAAGUAUUUGAAAUACUCGGCUAUGGAGCCCUUCACUGGAGGUGUUAUUAUCUCCUGGAUUUAGAAGCUUAAUGAAUUGUGCAUCUUCUAAAUCUCCAUCGAAUGGGAAUAGCUUUGGCCCUCUGACUUUAGGAAUCAAUUUCGACAUCUCUUUUCUCUGACCAUCUCUUUUUUGUUGUAUCGAAAUUCACAACCUGGAUUGCCGGAGGAACUGGGCUUUGGUUCCCAUAAGACGAACACGAAAAGCCUAAUAUAGGCAAUGCGGGGAAGCUCGUUCAAUUAGGAACGAUUCGCUCGGUUUCGGCUAUCAUUCCUUCCUGGAUAAGAUCAUGCAGUGCCAUAAGUGCGGCACCAGCUGACCAGUCCCCCAAAUAAUGAACAAUUUUCAACCCAGGCAACUAUUAUCGUCUGAUAGGCCGAUAGCAAAGCGAUCUUCCUGUGCCCCUCUUUCAUGGGAGCACCUCUCAUGCAAGCCCAGUCAAAUGAGUCCAAUUGCGCCCGGUUAAAGUCGUGAUCAGAUAACUGACCCCGCUGUGGUUGGUCUUUCAACAGUGAGUGGUAGGAACGAUUGGUCUAUCCAAUGCUCCAUAGGUAGUAUCGCUAUGCUGAAUGCAACGCUGCAGCUCAAAGCCCUGCAUACUCGCCCCAUCUGCAUAGUUCUCCCCAACAUGCUGAGUGAGGGAAUUCGGGAUGAGGACAAGUAUAUUAAGAAAUGCGCACACUUCCGCUAAGACGGGUAACAUUUUUUUUCCUUUCGUGUGUAUUAAUUGGACAUCCGGCCUCCGAAAAAUCGGAUCAACAACAUGGCUCAAACAAUUCUGGAAUACCUGACGCAAGAAAACCCACCUACCGAUCGUACACUGUGCAAAAGGGGGACCAGCACUAAGAUACAUACGGUUUAUGGUCCGCAUGCAGUGCGACCUUGGACAGAUGUCACUUGGGAGAACUUGGAUGCAACAUUCGGUGAGGUUUUGCGGAAACAGAACGGCGACCCAAGGGUCAGGGAUAAAUACGACGUUAAUCGCAAGCAACGGCGCAUAUAUGAGGAAGAAUCGGUCAAUGUCUUGGUGCAAAGUUGGAACGUGAACGUGGUUCAGCAUGCAUUAGAUGGGACGAGGGAGACACUGGAGGCAAAUCAUUUCGAGGAACACCUUGCAAAAGGGACCCUUCAUUUCACGAAAAAUACAGGAAAUGGGCAUAUAAAGGAUGAGAAGGGUAACCUACAGAAGCCCGAUUGGUGCAUUUACCAAGAAGGGCAGGAACAUCACGACAAUGGCAGAUUCACCUAUCUUGUUCCAGGUGACAGCAAGCCAGCAAAAAAAUGGCAUUCAGACUGGAUCAACUGCGAUGAUAAGCUGCUUAAAAGAAAAGCCGACUUGGGUAUCCAGCAACUUACAAAAUACAUGCACCUCGCGCAGACCCGAUACGGAUUUAUUAUCACUGAAGAGGAACUGAUUCCUUUGAGGCUGUCAACAUUCGAUAGAGACUCAGAGACAAGGAAUGGAAGUAUGCAAGAUGUCCAUGCACAGCAAAUGUUUAGCUCAACACGCGUCAGCUUCGAGGAACCUGAAGGCGAUGAAUAUGAAGACGGUGACGAAGCCUAUGAUAGGUUCGAGCAGGGAAUUGGUCUACAGCAAUUUCAAGAAUUGGCGGAAUUCUUGACAGAAGCCAAUAAGAAGACUGGUUACCUACUAGAGUAUUGUCGAGUCCCCUGGGAAAACCAUGGCGAUGGUGUGCUUACGAUCAAUUUGGUUCUAUGGUGGCUUCCUCUGCUGGCGAUUCAGAACUCAUCGAUCGAAGAGACCCGCACUUAUUCGUCGUUGGGCCCGUCUAUGCGGCAAAAGAAUCAAGGUUUUACUGGGUUGCAAGCAGUAAAAAAGAUUGACAAUAAGGGCCUCAAGAUGCAGACAUCAUCGCACCGCAAACGCCAGGCACAAAGUUACGAGCAGCCCGUUGCCAGGUCAAGGCCUCGACGGGCCUCAGCAAACUAUGGCAGUGGAAAACAGCCUCCAACAUCACAAUCCAUGUCAAUUCCCUCUCGAAGAUCCAGCCGAGUUGGUCGGGACUGUGCAGUUCCUAAAGCGGCAUCAGACCUUUCAUUUCCAUCUGGCAACAUGUUUAAUCGUCCUCCUAGACACCGGAGGAAUAAGGUCAAAGGGGCAUUGGCAAGCUCUUUUACUUCCGUGGCAAGUAGCUCGCAAGCUCCCGAAUCAUUUGCGGUGUCUUUCGAAGGCAGCCUAUGA